UAAGUGAAGACUUGAGAGCGACUUGGGACUCAUUUUUCUCUUCAAGCUCAGUUGUGAUUCAGCUCGAAAAAGCCGAAAUGCAGAAACAGUCGCCGGCGCCGCCGCACACGGGGGAUUCCGACAUCCCAAACCUCGGGAACAUCAAAAUCAAGUGUUCAUCACCUCGCUUUCCACCGCCCAUAACCACCGCCGGCGCGGCUGCCGAAACACCGACCGCCGGCGCACAGAGAAAAAUCGGAAUCGCCGUUGACCUAAGUGACGAAUCAGCCUUCGCCGUUAAAUGGUCCGUACAUAACUACCUCCGUUCCGGUGACGCCGUUGUUCUCCUUCACGUCCGUCCUACUUCCGUCCUUUACGGUGCCGAUUGGGGCUCCGUUGAUCUAUCUAUAGUCGAUACCAUUAACGUUGAGUCGCAGCGUAAACUCGAAGAUGAUUUUGAUGCGUUUACGACAGCGAAAUCAUCUGAUUUAGCUAAACCACUUGACGAAGCGCGAAUCCCGUAUAAAAUUCAUAUAGUGAAGGAUCAUGAUAUGAAGGAGAGGUUAUGUUUGGAGGUUGAGAGGUUAGGGUUGAGUGCGGUGAUAAUGGGGAGUAGAGGAUUUGGAGCGAAAAAGCGAGGGAGUGAUGGGAGGCUUGGUAGUGUUAGUGAUUAUUGUGUUAGGCAUUGUGUUUGUCCUGUGGUUGUUGUGAGGUAUGAUGAUGAGAAAGAUGGUGGAAAUGUUGGUCGUAAGCGCGGAGCAUUUGCGCGUGGAAAUGAGGAGGAAGGUGAGUAUCAUGAUGCCUGCGAUGGUCGUCAAGUGAUUAUAGAAAGUCGAGGAUUCAGAGCAAAAAAAAGAGGGAGAGAUGGGAGACUUGGAAGUGUUGGUGAUUACUGUGUUAGACACUGUGUUUGCCCUGUUGUUGUUGUGCGGCAUGUUGAUGAGAAAGAUGGUGGAAAUGUUGCCCCUAAACAUGUAGUUUUUGCUCGUGAAAACGAGGAGGAAGGCGAGUAUCGUGAUGCUUUUGAUGGUCGUCAAGGAUUGCAACCAGCAAAAGAAAAGGGUGCACGGACUGACAAUUGAUUUAGAGUUGCUUAAGAAGUCCUUUGAAGAGACAAUGGACGGAAGAUUUCACGUGGAAGUUGGGUUAAGCAAACCUUCUGCUGCACAAAAUUUGACACUUAUGUGAGAACCUUUUUCUGUAACUGAAUUGUGGUUGCUCUCUUUCACUUUAGUUUGUUAGUAGUAGUUUGCUAGAUGUUGUGUUUCUAAGGUGGUUGUCGUCAUAGAUUUUCACUUAACGCGUGCCUUUGAAUCCUUCGUGGUCCCUCCGGUGCAACGUAAACUCUACUUUUACAACGUAAUUUCUAUGUUGUUGGUCUUAGCGCGACGUCAACUUCAGUUCAUUAGAAAUUUCCUGCCA